GCUACCUUUUUUGCUCAAUUUGUUUCAUUCGACAUUACGGCAUCAAAAAACACCUUGAAUACUUAUCCAAUGUUUUUACCUGCUGAUGAUCCCUUUUAUGUUCUAAAUGGUUCAUCUCCAAAUUCUCCUCAAAUCGAUGUAAAUUUUCUACCUGCCAAUAGAUCAGCUGGUAAUGACGGUACAAAUCCUCUUACUAGUGGAAUAAAUUUGGUUACUCCUUUUCUUGAUUUAAAUAAUAUCUAUAGUAGUAAUGAUACUUUAAUGUUGAAUAAGUAUCGUGACACUUCGAGUAAACGUGGAAAAUUAAAGGUAUCAAUUGCUAGUAACGGUGAUCAAUAUCCACCAAAAACUCCCUCUGGUGAUUAUGACUUGGGUGCUACUUCCACGCGUUCUCGCAAUAUAUUCACUUUAGCCAUCCAUACAAUCUGGUUACGAGAGCAUAACCGUAUGUGUGAUCAAUUAUAUCAAAUUUAUCAAGAUUCUUGGACGGAUGAUCAAUAUUUUCAGGAAGCUAGACGUUGGACUACCGCUUUUUAUCAAAAAGCGGUUGCAGAAGAAUAUAUUGGGGCUAUUAUUGGUCGUCCUUUGCCUGCAUACGAAAAUUAUAAUCCCAAUCUUAAACCUGACGAUCAUGGCGAUGUCCUUAUUAAUGUUGCUUUGAACGAUAUUAAAGACCUUACACUCUUGGAAAAUUUUGGAUUGGAAAAGGAAGAUGUAGAUAAUUUUUUUUCAAACUCAACCAAAAAAGCAAUCGGCCCUGAUCAAGUCACUUAUGAUCUAUCAGCUUUCGAUUUGAUAAGGUCUAGGGAUCGCGGAAAUUAUAUUGCAGUUUAUGGUGGUUACCAUCCUCCCACACUUGAUCCUAAUCAAGAUCCAGAACUCAAAUCUUCAUUAUCGUAUUCGUUUGUUAAUGAUGUUGCAAUCAUAACGUUCAAAAGAGCACUUUCUCCUAAAGCAGACGAAGAUGAAAAAAGAACUAUGCUGCUUGCUCACAUUAGUCAUGAUGAUUACAAUAAACUACCUCAAUAUACGUGGGAAGAAUUUAACGAACGAGUUCAAUAUGGUGUAA